AUGCCUGGUGUUCCAUCAGGCAAGGCUUGCGAAGCAUGCCGCAAGCAGAAGAAAAAGUGCGACGAGAAACAGCCAACCUGCGGACGAUGUCUCCGCUUGAGGAUACCAUGCGUAGGCUCCGGCCAACAACGCUUUAAAUUCCAAGAAGAAAAGCGCUUCACCAAGGCAGUUCGACGAGAACAUAACAGCAUCACUUUAUCUACGACCAGUAAAUCUAAUAUCUCCUCAUCCAAUGGCACACCCUGCUCUCCCAACGGCAACCAAUUCCUAUUCAUCCACGCCAAACCAAGCAACAACACAACCCGAUUGGCAGAAUCCUUCACUCAAGCUAUUAAACGCUCCACUGAUAUCCGGUACAAUCUCGGGUGGAGCUUUGGCAUAUUUCUCGAAGACGUUCCCCGCCGAUUAGGCACUAAUGAUGCACUGGACCGCGCCGUCGAUGCGGUUACUAGUGCGCAUACGGACUUUUGUAACCGCCAGCCUGGAUCGGUGCAGGCGUUGACUAAGUACUCGGCUGCACUGCGCACGUUACGGGUUUAUCUCGAUGAUCCUGUUCAUGCACAGGAGACCAAUACACUAGCCGCGGUAAUGAUCCUGCUUAUCUGUCAGACGAUUCUGGGGCAGACAACCACCCAACAAUGGUCUGGCCAUUGUGAAGGUGCCACACAGAUUCUUAAAGCUCGGAAGAACUUUGGACCCCGCAAUGAGUUCGAAGCAAAGAUUUACAUGUCCCUACGCGGGAGUGUUCUCUUCGAAGGCCUCUUCAACCACCGCAUCCAACUAACCGAAGAAGAAUGGGAUUCCCUAAUCGUAAACGACUACGACCGCGCAAACCCAGAAGGCCGCCUCUUACAAACCCUCUCCCGAGCCCCCGGCCUAAUGCGCCGCGCAAAACACCUCCUCCGAACCACAACCGACCCUACAAACGUCCGCUCCGAACUCUGGACCCUCUACCUCGCCUGCAAACUAGACCUCGACAAACUUAAACAAGGAAGUCUCCACAAAGACCUCUCCCUCGCCUCGACCUUACCCCCCGGAACACGCCGCACCUGUCUAGAACGCCUCCUAAGCGUGCACUACGAUCGAAUCUACGGCAUCGGCCUCGUGAUAACACUUUUCUUCAACUGCAUGCUGCAAGCACUAGGCACACAUCGUGAAUCCGUCGAAGCUGACGCGUACACUUUCACCGAGGAGAUUUUGAUGUUAGCUGAGAUAUCAGAGGAUUUGAGGCCCGUCGGAUCGGGGUAUUUGAUCAUUUGCCUAACGACAGCUUGGGCGGCUAGUAGGGAUGUCCAGCAGAGGGGUAGGGUUUGGAGGUGGUUGGGGGAUUAUCAGAGGGAUUUUAAUAAUUGGGAGGUUAGGAGGUGGGAGCAGGAUUUGAGGUGGACGGCGGAGCAUUUGUGUUUGGGAGAUCCUUUGGGGUUGAAGGAGAAUGAGGAUUAUUCGGAUUAUUUGGAUUGUUGA